AUGAAAUACCUAACUUUUAAUAGAAGCAAUAAGGACGCAAUUGACCUGUGUGAAAAGCUAGAAGCAACAAAGAUAGACCUGGCGAACCCACUGCUACUACAGUACAGUUGGGUCAUAUGGGAACAAGUGUCAGACAACAAAAUUAAACAGAGUAAUAACUAUAAGGAUUACACAAGGCCAUUGGCUAAAUUUAAUAGUGUACAGAAAUUCUGGCAACUAUGGAACAGAUUACCACAGCCAAGUGACCUACUUGCACAGAAAAGUAUGACGAGAUUAUCGGAAGAUGGGACUCUUCGCAUCAUAGAUGCUCUCAUGAUUUUUCGAGACAAUAUUCAACCCAUGUGGGAAGACCCAGCUAAUUCUGAAGGUGGUCAUUUUGAAUAUAAAUUUGUACCCAGAGAUUUUCCAUACAGUCAGAUAGACGAAUUUUGGAAUAACCUUGUGUUAGCUAUUAUUGGGUGCACUUUAAAGCAUUACAAUUUAAUAACAGGGAUUAGGCUAGUGGAUAAAUUAAGCACCACGCGUCAUGGGUACGUAAGAAUAGAAGUUUGGUACACGACGGUGCCAGACGACAGUGUUAGAAACCACUUGCGGAAGGACCUGGAGGAGCAUAUGUGCAAUCGUAUUGACGGCUCGCACGUCUAUCCCCCAAGAGGGAAGAAUUUCGGUCACUCGCAC